AUGAGAGAGAUUGAUGAAGAUUUACAAACUGAGAGAGUACAUAAGAAGCGAUGUGUGUGGAUCGGAACUGGUUCAGUACAUGCGCAGCCAGAUAUCUGUAGUGGAGUAUGUUCAUCUUCACACGAAGUGGACAAAGGACAAACGUUCAAAAUUGCGGCGCUUAUAUCUGAGUGCAACUUUUGGACUACGCACUUGGCAGAACUACGCUACUUGGCAUCUGUAUGUGACGAGAAAGUGGCACUCUACAAAGUGGACGACGAUGCUGCAUGGGACGUCCAAUGGCUGUCCGAAUUUGUAAAAAGCAACAUCACUUUGAAUGGAUUCUUCUGCCCUCGGAUGAAUGAAGCGCCUAUAAGAGACGAGAAAUCCAAAUGGUGA